AUGUUUUUGUUUGGCCAGUCUCCUGAUACACCAGGCGAAAUUCCGAUUCUGGGAAUUACUCUCGGGCGUCUCGUCACUCUUGUGGCGGCUUCACUCAUAACAAUAUGGGCCCUGCGUUCCUGGGCUCUACCAAAGCCAAUUCCAGGUAUACCAUACAGACGCAAGGCUACUCGUAGCAUCCUCGGCGACAUUCCGGAUAUGCUGGGGGCAACAGCAAACUCGGAUAAAACAUACAUGGAAUGGGUUCAAGAGGAGAUGCAGGGGAUGAAUUCGCCAAUCAUCCAGAUGUUCAUUCGGCCACUCUCUCGGCCAGUUCUAGUCCUAGCCGACUUCCGCGAAAGCCAAGAUAUCUUAAUGCGACGAAGUAAAGAGUGGGACCGAUCCGACAUGUUGGCCGAGCUCUUAAAGGGCCUACUUCCUGGUCACCACCUUGUACAGCGCACUAACCAUGUUUGGAAAUCACACCGAAGGCUACUCCAGGACCUCAUGUCUCCGUCAUUUCUGCACAACGUGGCCGCUCCCGCCAUUUACAACAGUGCCUCCUAUCUCAUUAGCUUGUGGGACGCAAAGGCGCAGCUAGUUGGAGAUCAGCCUUUCAGCGCACAGGACGAUAUCUACAUGGCGGCUCUGGACGCUGUGCACGCCUUUGCUUUUGGUGAAAAGUUCGAGCACAACGCAACACGCUCCAAGCUUGAAUCUCUCAAAGGCUUAGGGCCUGAAGCCAUUGCCAGUUUGCAAAAGACAAAUGCUACCAAUGGUGUUGUUAAGGCUGCAGAAUUUCCCGAGAUAGACCUUGACCCUGUCAUAACUGCAACACUUGAUCUCACCACGGCUGUCGAGAGGCUCCAAGGCUCGCCAUUGAUGAGGUUGACAUGGAAACUCAUGGAACUAACACCUUCCAUGCGCCGCUCAAAGAGCAUCAAAGAUAAACAUAUCCUUCGGGAGCUGCAGCGGGCUGUGGAUCAUCUAACACUCUCAGAUCAGCAGCAGCAGAGUGAUAGUGGCGACACGCAUCAGCCAAUUCGAUCGGCUGUCGAUCACAUGGUGCAACGCGAGAAGCAACUAGCCGAGAAAGAGAACAGAGCUCCGCAGUACUUCUCGCAUACAAUGAUGAUCGAGACAUUUGGAUUCGUAAUCGGGGGCCAUGAGACGACUAGCACAACAUUGCUAUGGGGACUGAAGUCGCUGGCUGACCACCAAGACGCCCAGGUAAAACUGAGGCGUUCACUGCAAGCCUUGUUCACUGCAGCAAGGUCUGAGAAUCGAGCGCCCUCCAUCGAAGAGAUAACCAGCACAGAGAUUCCCUACCUCGAUGCUGUUAUCGAAGAGAUUCUUCGCCAUGGGGCAACGAGUCCUGCCCUUGACCGCCAGGCUGUAGUUGACACUCAAGUGCUAGGCCACCAUGUCCCCAAGGGCACAAUUCUUCUAAUGCUUACGCAAGCGCAAAGCAUGAGAAGCCCUGGUUUUGAAAUCGACGAGAAUUGCCGCUCCCAAACUUGCCAAACGGCCAAGCAACAGGGUAAACAUCGCACCGAGUGGGAUCCACUAGAUAUGAACUUGUUCAAGCCCGAAAGAUGGCUGGUCCCAGCUCCCACCCAACCUUCUCCCGAAAAGGAGGAUCAUGUUGACGCUAAAUAUGUAUUUGACAGCGCGGCUGGACCUAUGCUUGGCUUCGGGCUAGGAUUAAGAGGUUGCUUUGGUCGGAGAUUGGCGUAUCUCGAACUUAGAAUCUUGGUAACGCUGAUUAUAUGGAACUUCGAGCUCCUCCCCUGCCCCAAGGAGCUAUCUAAAUACAGUGUCAAGAUGGGUGUCACGAGCAGGCCAAAACUGUGCUACGUGAGUCUGCGGAAAGUCGAGUUUGCUUAAAGUCGAAUUGCGCGGAGAAUGGGAUCAAUGUCACCCUGCAGAAGAACACCUUCCAAUUCG